AUGAAUCUCGAUAAUCUUCGCGACACUAUCCAAAACAUUUCCCUAUACGAUGUAAAGGCCGCCGUGAGAAAGGCCCAGAAUGUUGUCAUGAACUACACAGAGAUGGAAGCAAAGGUCCGGGAAGCAACGAAUAAUGAGCCAUGGGGUGCUUCAUCUACACUGAUGCAAGAGAUUGCAAGUGGUACAUACAACUAUCAACUCCUGAACGAGAUAAUGCCAAUGAUUUACAAAAGAUUCACGGAGAAAUCUGCGGAGGAGUGGAGACAAAUCUAUAAGGCCCUUCAACUCUUAGAGUACCUCGUCAAGCACGGGUCUGAGCAGGUUAUCGAUGACGGCCGCUCUCAUCUCUCAACUAUCAAAAUGCUCCGGCAAUUCCACUUUAUUGAUAUGAACGGUAAGGAUCAAGGAAUAAAUGUUCGCAACCGUGCCAAAGAGCUUGCCGAGCUUCUAUCGGAUGUUGAUCGCAUCCGCCAAGAGCGCAAAAAAGCCCGUGCCUCUAAAAAUAAAUACGGGGGUGUCGAAGGCGGCGGCGGUGCUUACGGAGGAAUGAGCGGCAGCAGCGGAAUGGGUGGUGACAAUGGUUUUGGGCGGAGAUAUGGCGGCUUUGGUAGCGAAAGCUCCGAGUUUGGAGGCUACUCUGGGGGGGUCUACGGCGAUGGGGGUGGUUUCGGUGGCGCUGGAGGGCGUACUGGCGGGUUUCAUGAUGAGGGAAGUUCCAGGCCUUCAUCAAGAACCCAGAAGUUUGAGGAAUAUGAUGAAUAUGACGACGGGGCAACAGCAACACGGCGCACUGCUGGAUCAGGGGCAAGCUCAAGCACCAGGCGAAAGGAACCCGCAGCUGCACCUGCCAAACCACCCCCGAAGAAGAAAGAGCCAGAGGUUGAUCUAUUUUCUUUUGGUGACGAGCCGACACCCACUGUUUCCAGUUCCAAGCAAAAACAAACCUCAAAUGUUCUUGAUGACGAUUUUGGAACUUUACAGUCCGGCGGAGCCGAUGAUGAUGACUUUGAUGAUUUUCAAUCUGCCUCUGGCGCUACUCCGUCGGCUCCGGCUGCUUUUCAGGCACCCCCGACAGCAGCACCCAAAACCUUCAGUCCACUUCCGCCUCUUACUGCUUCUGCAUCUUCCACAAAGCUUAUGCAACCCACUCCAAUGAGUGCUGGAAAAGCAAUGGGCAUCAAUGAUCUCGUCGGUAUAGCCUCUAUCUCUCCUGCGCCUGCUCGGGGCAUGGCUUCCCCUCCAGCUAUGACACCUGCAUCGACUGGCGGUGGACUCGCCGGAAUGGGCGGUAUGGGCGGUAUGGGCGGUAUGGGUGGUAUGGCGGCAAUGAAGCCUGUAAGCAUGGCUCCUACGGGCUACCAGCCAACACAACCCAAUUACUUUACUUCGAUGUCCACUACCACCAUCUCUAGUGGUACUCCCCUUUCUCCGGUGUCAACAGGCGCUUCUGCAACGGCCGCGAAAAAAUCGACAAAUGAUGCAUUUGGCAAUAUCUGGAGCAUGGCAAGCAAAGAUAUUAAAAAGCCGAGUACUCCAGCGAAUAAUAGCAACUCCCCAAGUUUGCAAUCAUUAGCAAAGGAAAAGGCCAGCGCCGGGAUUUGGGGCGCGCCUGCGGCAAGUGGGACAAGCCAGGCGAGCAGUGCAUAUGGUGGCUCGACUGCAGGCAAGACCGGAGGUGGUUUGGACGAUCUUUUGGGCUAG